CGUCAGACCUGGAUCCACCUUUGAAGGUCUCCACCCUUCCUUUCCACCACCCCGCCCAGCAAUGGAUCGUACCACCCACUUAACCCGCACCGCGAAUAACUUGGAACUGGACAUCUUUCAGGAUGUCCUUAUUCGGCGGCGAUGAUUCCGUCCCACAGACGCCGACUUCUCAGGAAGACGAUUUAACAGAUUAUCCCGCACCCUCGCGCUCGCCCACCCCGCAAUACGCACAGGACCCGCCGCUUGCCUUGCACCCUCUCUAUUCUGACGAAGAGGAAGUAGAGGAUUCAGAAUAUGAGAACGAGUCUGAUCUCGAAUCGGACCAAGAACCCUCCCGCCCGAAUCGCUUCCCCGGAAGACCGCAUCAAUGGCGACGAUACACGGCGCCAGAUCGCCAGGUUGCCGCCGCGCUUGAAAAAAUAGAAGCCCGAGAUCUUGGAGCACAUCUCUACAACGCACACAGUUUGAAGCGUCGUGUACGACGGCCUGCGGAACAAUUGGCUGGGGUGGAGAGCUGGCAGAGCAGAGAUUCUUGGUUGAGGAAAGGAGACGAAUUGGAAUUCACGGAUCCAACUGGCGAAGUGCAGAUGGAGCUUGUCCCGAAGAAGCACUGGACAGCGUGGCCACAACCUCCGCACACGUUUUCGGCCUUCGAAAUUGGCCCGGCCAACGCGGAUAGCGACAAGGAUACAUGGGAUGGCAGGAGAUUCGAUAGGCGAGACGCAGGAGAGGUUCUGCGAGGGGAAAUGCUGGCUCUGUUUAUGCGGGUGGCGAAAGAAAAGUGGUCUUCGCGAGAGUCCGACACAGAGCACGCAGAUAAUAGCCCAAUUGCUCGGGUGAGCUCGGGAUUGGGGUCAAGGGGCACCCAGGGGGCUCCAUGUUCUCUGGCAGCUGCUUCCGGUCAAGGCUCUUCCGGUGUUGAACUGCGAGAUGCGCAUGGAUCUAUAGGGGAUGGUGCAUUGCCAUUAGCGAGCGCGCCAGAGGAGUCUCAGCACCCGCACUCAACUGGCCGCCAGUCGUUGAUUGGGAAGCCUGUGGUUCUCGCCGACGACACUAAGGCGCAGGACAUAUUGCAGCCUUCGGUCAAUUCUCUGCUCUCUCAGCUAGACUACCUGGCACUAGGUGUUCGCCGCACCCGACUCAAUCACCUUGGGAGGGGCGACGAUAGUGACAAGUCUACGAGCGAAUUCACCUCAGACGCUGCCUCGAGGCCGUCAUCAAGGCGCGGUUCCCAGCGCGCUCGGGCUAGGAAGACAGGCUCUCGACUUUCAUCUCGCACAGGCCCUUCAUCGAAGGGCAAAAAGAAGCCAGGCAGACAAAAAGCACACGCUGAGCACGAUGGCGAUUCGGCGUCGGAAUAUCCGGCUGACUACGAUGAGGGCACGGCAACCGAGGCCGGUUCGUCAGAGAACUCACCAGCGAAGCCCAAGCGCAACAAGUCUCAAGACUCCUCAAAUGAAGAAUACAGCUCGGCAACAUCUAACAGGCAGCAUGAGCAAGUAGGACUAAUGGAUUGGAGCGAAGUGCUGGGUAUCGCAGCCAUGACGGGCUGGAACGAAAAGGCAGUUGCUCGAACAGCCCAGCGCUGUGCAGCACUCUUCGGCGAAAGCAUGGCGUUCCGACCAUUCGAUGAAAGCCUUGCUACCAAGUCUGUAUCUGAGCCGGUAUAUUACACACCCUCUACGAUUCCCGUACCCGAAAACCUCGUUAUCGGAGCCUCACUAGGUCCAAAACGCCCCUACUUUGAAGCCGGUACCCUUCGAUGUCCGCACAAGGAUUGCUGGGGACAUGAACAGGAUUUCGAGUAUCAGUAUCGGGUUAUUGAGCACGUUAAGCGCGUUCACCAGUACGAUCCGCACACGAAUGACUCGGAUAAUGAAGAGCGUAUGACUGGUGGUGUGCAUUUCGAUGGCUUUCUACAGCCGAUUACCGCGAAGCGAGGGUGGAUUGGAAGUGGGCGCUUGAGUUCUCGGAAUACGGGGUCGGAACCGCUGAAGCCGAGAAAGAAGCAGAAGAUUGCGAACGAGGCUUGUGAUUGAAGGCAUGCUGGUUUCCGAGACGCCCAGCUGGCAUCAGAGAGAUAAACACAUUAAGCCUGUGCGCCGAGUUUGAUCGGCAACACAGCUCAAAGUGUUAAUUGCAGCCUAGUAGAAGAGAUACUUGUUACCAGCAUAUGUAUAGAUGCAUAGGAGCGGUUGGGGGAGAACCGUUGAUAGGGCUGAGCUAGUAAACACUAGCGCGUGAGUUCGUGUGUUCCGCGUGUCUAGGCCCUCCACGCGUUC